GCGUCUUGGAUUCGCCGCCGACGCUGCCCCGCGCCGUCACCGCACCUCCCACACGCACGUUCGCUCGCACGCCGGUCCGCCAUGGGCGACUACAAGCUCUCCGCCACGCUGCGUGGGCACGAAGAUGACGUCCGCAGCGUCGCCUUCCCGUCGCCGGCGUCGGUCGUCUCGGCGUCGCGCGACUCCACGGUGCGCCUGUGGAAGCUGGAGUCCGCGACGCCCCCCAUCUACGACAGCACCAUCCUCAAGACCCACGGCAAGGAGUUUGUCAACUCGUUGGCCAUCGUGCCCCCGUCGUCGCAGUUCCCCGAGGGCCUGGUCGUCUCCGGCGGCAAGGACCAGAUCAUCGACGUGCGCCAGCCCGGCAAGCGCAUCGAGGACAACGCCGAUGCCCUCCUCAUCGGCCACGGCAACAACGUCAGCGCCCUCGACGCCAGCCAGGACGGCCGGUACAUUGUCAGCGGCGGCUGGGACAUGGAGGCGCGAGUGUGGGAGGUCGGCAAGUGGGGCGAGUCGACUGUCCUUGGGGAACACGGCGCUGCCGUCUGGGCCGUGCUGGCCUACGACAGCAGCACCAUCAUCACCGGCUGUGCCGACAAGCAGAUCCGCUUCUUCCACCCGUCGGGCAAGCAGCUGCGGUCCAUACAAGCUCCAGAGGUCGUGCGAGCCCUGUGCCGCCUGCCGCCCAACCACCCCUCCGGCGCCCACUUCGCCUCUGCCGGCAACGAUGCCGUCAUUCGCCUGUGGACCCUGCAAGGCCGCCAGGUCGCCGAGCUGCACGGCCACGAGAACUUCAUCUACUCGCUCGCGGUCCUGCCAGAUGGCGGCCUCGUGAGCGCUGGAGAAGACCGCACCGUGCGCGUAUGGCAGAACAACGAGUGCGUGCAGACCAUCACACAUCCCGCCAUCUCCGUCUGGGCCGUCGCUGUCUGUCCUGAGAACGGCGACAUCGUCACUGGAGCCAGCGAUAAGCUCGCCCGAGUCUUCACCCGCGACCCCGCUCGCCACGCCGCCGCCGCCGAAAUCGAGCAGUUCAAUGACGACGUCAAGGGCUCGUCGAUACCACAGCAGACAGUCGGCAAUAUCAACAAGGAGCAGCUCCCUGGGCCAGAGUUUCUGACACAGCGCUCGGGCACCAAGGAGGGCCAGGUGCAAAUGAUCGCAGAGACCAAUGGCAACAUCUCGGCGUAUCAGUGGUCAGCCGCCGCCAACGAGUGGGUCAAUAUUGGCACUGUAGUAGACUCGGCAGGAAGUGGAGGCCGAAAGAUCUCUUACAACGGCAAAGACUACGAUUAUGUUUUCGACGUGGACAUCGAGGAAGGCAAGCCGCCACUCAAGCUGCCGUACAACCUCAACCAAAACCACUACGAGGUGGCGCGCAAGUUCAUUGAGGACAACGAGCUGCCUCUGACUUACCUCGACCAAGUCGCUAACUUCAUAGUACAAAACACACAAGGCGCUACGCUGGGUCAAAGCAACGCCCCCGGUGCGGAUCCUUGGGGCUCGGAAUCGCGCUAUCGCCCUGGAGAUGCCAACGAGGUGCGCCCGCAGCCACCGCCGACACCAGCAGCGCCCAAGAUCUUGCCACAGAAAGACUACCUGCCCAUUGCGACAGGCAAUCACGACGUCAUCUUUAAGAAGCUGCGAGAGUUCAAUCAAGCACUCGUUGACGAUGGCCAAAAGGGUGUCUCGUUCAAUCCCUCUGACAUGGAGCAGCUGAGUACAACAGUAAAUGCUCUGAAGAAGGGUAUCGGCAAAAACGUCGAGCUUGCAGGUGUAGAUCUACUCCUGAAGGCAGCCACGCAGUGGCCAGCUGAAAAGCGUCUUCCUGCGCUUGACUUGCUGCGUCUGGCUCUCAUACUUGAGGAGCCUGCAGCACAUCUUGUUUCACCAGAGCGGAAUCUCGUGAGCGGUCUGGUUGAUGCUGGGGUCUUCUCCACAGACUCACCACCGAACAACACAAUGAUGGCAGUCCGUUGUAUCAGUAACCUGCUCCAGACAGAAAAAGGCCGUCUUCUGGCUAGCACAGAGUUCGAUGGCAUACAUCCUCUAGUCUCGCCGUUCGUCACAUCUAGCAACCGCAACCUAAUCAUUGCGCUCACCACCUUAUACAUUAAUUACUCGGUCCUCUUGACAUCCGAGAACAAUGCCGACCGCGCCUUGUCAUUGCUCGACGACCUAGCGAAACUUCUCAACUCUGCAACCGACUCGGAAGCAGUGUACCGUGCUCUUGUAGCCACUGGAACGCUGCUAUCUCUUGGCCCGGACUUCUGCGAGGCUGGUAGAGACAUCUUGCAGAUUGGCGACGCCGUCAGCCGUGCCGAAAGCAAGGUCAAGGAACCCCGAGUGAAGAACGUCAUUGCGGAGAUCCGGCAAAAGUUGCACGGUUAAGUAGCGUGAGCUUCGCGCCUUCUUUUGCCUUACCAACUUCGCUGGGUAGGCUUUCUGUGUUUUCAGCCUCACACAUCGAGCGGCACGGGUAUGCAUUGGUCGCGUUAGGAAGACAACUGUGAGCGCUGCCGGACAUUAAAACAAUUGGACGAUGUGGCAGCGUUAGACAUGGCAUGAGCAUCAUUGCACAGCGAGCGUUGCAUUGCACAUAUACAAAGCAUCCUUAUGAUGCCCAAAUACAUCAGCAUUCACAUUAUCGUCUUCUCUC